AUGACCGAUACUAAAGUCAAUUACGCUGAAGCCCGGAAGGCUUUCCUGUCGGCCGGACACUCCUGGCCUGAGCCCAAGCAGAACAGGUUGCUGCGGGCGGCUCGGGGUGAGGAAGUAGAUGAGAUUCCAGUGUGGAUAAUGAGGCAAGCUGGCCGUUAUUUACCAGAAUUCAAGGAACUGCGGGCCGAGCAUGACUUCGUUAAGGUCUGCCAAGAUCCGGACUUGGCCUCAGAGGUAACGAUACAGCCCUAUCGGAGAUUCAAUAAGCUUGACGCUUGCAUUGUGUUUUCGGAUAUAUUGACUAUCCCGAUGCUCAUGGGUCAGCAUUUGGAAAUGGUUCCCGGAAAGGGUCCUGUCCUGAGUCCGAAGCUCGAGACGCCUGAAGACAUCGAAAGGAUCCUCAAUCUCAAACCCAAUGUGGGUGAAGGUUUGGCUUAUGUGUAUGAUGCUAUCUUCGCUACUGUCAGCAAACUCGAAAAUCAGCUCACCGUCAUCGGUUUCUGUGGUGCGCCGUGGUCCCUGUUUUGCUACAUGGUAGAAGGCGGGGGCAGUAAGACUUGGGCUAAGGCUAGAACUUGGCUUUACUCCUAUCCAGAAGACGCCAAACGUGUGAUGGCAGCUAUAACAGAUAUUUGUAUUGAAUACCUAGUCAACCAGUAUGACGCGGGAGCUAAGAUUCUGCAGGUUUUUGAUACCAACGGUGGUGAGAUAACUCCGGCGUGUUAUGCUCAGUUUUGCUUGGAAGACUUCAAGCGGAUCCCGGCUGAAGUGAAACGACAACGACCUGACGCUUUGGUGAUCGGUUUCCCAAAAGAUGUCCAAGAUCUGACUUCAUUCGAGGACUCAGCGUACGACGCUAUCUCGGUGUCGUGGAGAAAGCCAGCAGACGAAGCGAGACGGGAUCUCCCUGAUAAGGUCCUCCAAGGCAACUUAGACCCCGCGAUGUUGUACAGCUCAGCUGCUGUUGUGAAGGAUGCCGUUGUAGCCAACGUGAAUGCCUUUGGAGGUGGACAUUCGAAGUACAUUGCCAAUUUAGGGCACGGCAUGAUGCCGGAUAUGACGCCAGAGAUGGCUGGUAAUUUCAUCGAUGCCAUCAAGAGCAUUAAGCUCUAG